GCAGCUCGUCUCCCAGUGCAUCGCCGGACGAUCGGGUCGCGUCGCUCCGCGCGGCCAAAGCCAAGUACCAAAAAAAAUUGUAGGAUAGCGCGAGAAGCGAGGUCUCUCGUGCAAGCGCGCUCUGGCAUCGCUCGGGCUCGGUAGGAUUGCACGAGCAAGCGCUCCCGUGCAGAGUGCAAGCGCCUCCGCCUGCAUCGCUCGGGUCGUCGGCAGGACAGCACGAGGCAGCGGAGCGGACCCGCCAUGCGCAGCCUCGCGCUCUGCGGGACGCUUGCCGCGGCCCUGGUGGCGCCGCCGGGGCCGCCGCCCCGGCCCGCGCCCGUGCGAGCGGUGCUGGACGAGCCCAAGGCCACGAUCACGGCGCAAGCCGUGAAGCCGCGCGGCGCCACGAAGGCGUGGGAGGUCCACAAGUUCGGCGGCGCGUCCCUGGCGACGGCCGAGUUGUACAGGACGGUCGGCGACCUCCUCCUCGACGAGGCGACGCGCGAGGAGGGCCAGGGCGUGCCCACGAUGGCCGUCGUGAGCGCGAUGGGCGGCAUGACGGAUCUGUUGAUCAAGGUCGUCGACGCGGCCCUGGACGACUUCGACCUGGCCGCGACCUACUUGGACGACGCCGUGGAGCGGCAGCUCGCGACGCUGCAGGAGCUCGCGCCCCCGGACGUGGUGGCGCCGAUCGCCGCGCGCAUCCGGGACGACGCCGCCGACGUGCUGUCGGUGGUGCGCUCCCUGCGUAUGAUCAAGACCGUGCCCGCGGUCACGAUGGAGGUCGUCACGGGCUUCGGCGAGAUCUGGUCCGCCCAGACGCUGCUCGCCUACCUGCGGACGACCGGCGUCGCCUGCGACUGGGUCGACGCGCGGCAGGUGCUGGUCGUCAAGUCCGAGUCGGAGGGGCUCGGCGAGAAGGGCUCGACGUCGACGACCGGCGUGGCGCCGCUCUGGACCCAGACGACGGAGAGGAUGGGGGCCUGGUGGGCCGAGCGGAGCGAUGUCUUCGACGCCGUCGACUACAAUCAAGAGUCGUGCGUCCUCGUGUGCACGGGCUUCGUGGCCACGACGGAGGCCGGCGUGCCCACGACGCUCAAGCGUUCCGGCUCGGACUACUCCGCCACGAUCUUCGCGCGCUUGUUGCGGGCGUCGCGCGUCACGAUGUGGAAGAACACGGACGGCGUCUACACCGCGGACCCGCGGCGCGUGCCGGAGGCCUUCCCGAUCGCGUCCCUGAAGUACGACGAGGCCAUGGAGCUCGCCUACUUCGGCGCGCAAGUGCUGCACCCCAGCGCGAUGGCCCCGUGCAUCGACGACAACAUCCCCGUCUUCGUGCGGAACGUCUUCAACCCGGCCUUCGAGGGCACGGUCAUCCAGGGCCGGAGCGGCGCGCUGACGGAGUCCCGGCUCUGGACGGGCGCCAUCACCAAGGGCGCCGCGCGCGAGUCGCUGAUCAAGGGCAUCACUUCCGUCGACGACGCAUCGUUGUUAACGCUCGAGGGCGCGCUGCUGGCGGACUCCGCCGCGGGGCUCGGCCGGCGCGUCCUGGGCGCCCUCAAGGAGGCGGGCGUCGCGGUCCUGAUGGUCACGCAGGCGUCCUCGGAGGCGUCCAUCACGUGCGCGGUCCCGACGGCCCAGGGCCAGAAGGCGCUCAAAGCCGUGGAGGCGGCCUUCGAGCUCGAGUUCUCCCGGUCCCGGGUGAACUCGGCCUCGCUCCUCGACGGCGUGAGCGUCGUCGCGAUCGUGGGCGAGGGCAUGGUGCAGUCGCCGGGCGCCUCGGCGACGUUCAUGAACGCGCUCGCCCAGGCCGGCGUGAACAUCGCGAUGAUCGCGCAGGGGUCGAGCGAGCGCCAGAUCGCGGUCUGCGUGGCCAAGGCCGACGCGACGCGCGCGCUGCGCGCGGCGCACACGGCCUUCACGCUGUCCGAGGUCGUCACGAACGUGGCGGUGCUCGGCGCGACGGGGCGACUGGGGAGGGAGCUGCUGCCGCAGCUGAAGCGCCAGCAGGCGUCGCUGAGGAGGGAGCACGAUUUCGUGGUGCGCGUCACGGCGGCCGCGAAUUCGGAACGGAUGUGCUUCUCCGACGACAACCUCCUGGGCGCGGAGGGCGACGCGGCGCCGGACGUCGCCGCGGCCCUGGCGGCGGGCCGCGACUUCGACCUGGAAGUCCUGACCGAGUUCCUCGAGGCGGACCUGAACCCGCAGCGCGUCGUCGUCGACAGCACGCAGUCGGAGGCGGUCGCGGCCUACUACGCGCGGUGGCUCGCGGCGGGCAUCUCCAUCGUGUGCCCGUCGAAGGUCGUCGCGAGCGGCCCGGCCGCGCGGCGGGAGCGCGUCGCCAAGGCCGCGCGCGCCUCGAACAGCCGGUGGCGCUACGAGUCGAGCGUCGGCGCGUCGCUGCCCAUCCUCUCGACGAUGAAGGAUCUGCUCCUGACGGGCGACCGGGUCCACUCCAUCCGCGGCUGCCUGAGCGGCACGAUGGCGUACGUGCUCCGGUGCCACGCGCCCGGCCGGAAGACGUUCUGCGACGCGCUCCGGGAGGCGAUCGCGAACGGCUACACGGAGACCGACGUGCGCGAAGAUUUGUCCGGCGAGGACAUGGCGCGCAAGGUCGUGAUCCUCGCGCGCGAGCUCGGCAUGGACCUGGAGUUGAGCGACGUCGCGGUCGAGUCGUUCCUCCCGGCGCACGUGGCCGACAAGAGCUACGAGGAGGACGACCUCUGCGAGGCCGUCGUCCGGGACCUGGAGCGGGCGGGCGUCGACGGGGAGAUCGACGCGCGCCUGGCCUCCGCGCAGGACGCCGACACCGUCCUGCGCUACGCGUUCGAGAUCGACGUCGACGCGGGCCGCUGCCGCGUCGAGAUCAUCGCGGCGGACGCGACGGACCCCCUCUACCGGCUGAAGAAGAACGAGAACCUCGUGGCCUUCACGACGGACCGGUACGUGACGGCGCCCCUCAUCAUCAAGGGCGCCGCCGCCGGCGCGGAGCUCGCCGCCGCGGGCAUCUUCGCCGAUCUCCUACGUCUCACGACAUAUUCGGAGUACUUUGCGUAACGUCACGGUAGUAUA